UUUCUGGGUUGAAAAAUCAAUUUUACUGUCCCCUCUUUUCUCCUGUACCAGUUCGAAGUCAUAAACACCGUAGAUGCUACUUCAUUUUUUUCUUGUUUCUCGUGCUAGCAAUGGCGGAAGAACCAGCAGCGAACCCUUGUUGUUCUGUGUGGAAAUUUCAAUACACGGAGGUGGUAGCGAAAAGGAAUGCUCUUCGAGAAGCCGUGAAUCUUCUGAGUGCGCAUAUCAAUAAGAUUGAGGCUGAGAAUCUUACCAUCUCUAAAGCCUUAGAGGAGGAGCGAGCACGAGUAGAGGCGGAGAAAGAUGCAAAAGCGAAAGAAUCUGUUGUUAAAGUAGAGUUAGAGAAUGAGGUCCUGCAGUUGAAAUUAGAGAUUACCUCCCUACAGGAAACUGCUUAUUCGAGAGAGGAGUUGCUUCAGAGCCAAAUUUCACAAGGAGAAGCAGAAAACAAACGUCUCAAGGACCUUCUUGAGAAAGAAAUGAAGAGGGGAGAUGCUGAAAACAAAAAGGAUGAAGCGGAGAAGAGUAAAUUGGAUGGAGGAACACACAUGAUUGAUAAAGAUUUGAUUCAAAAGCAGGUCUCAGCUGAAGUAAAUCGUUUCAAGGAGCUACUGGCGAAAGAAAUGAAGAGAGAAGACUCCGAUAAAAAGAAAGCUCUAGAAUCAUUCGGAUUACCGGAAGCUGAAAAGAGUAAAACUGAUGGAGAGGAAAUGAUGGUUGAUAUAGAAAGAAAUCAAGUUGAGGAACUUAAGGCUACUUUGGAAGCCUUGAAAUCCGAGGCGUGUGAAGCCAGAAUAAAACUUCGUACAGAGAGGUCAAAGUAUGAAGAAGCAAAGAAAAAGCUAACAGCUGAGAAAUUCAAGGCAAAUAGGGAGAAGAAAAGAGCGGAUUCCGAGAAGGCAAAAGCAGAGCUACAGAAGAGGUGUGCUGAAGAGGAGAGGAAAAAGCUAUUGAAUGAAGAAUAUAGGUCAGAUGAAUUGGCUAAGAGGUUGGAAGAGGAGAAAAAGAGGAGAGAAGAAUUGGAAAGGAAGGUUCAGGAUAUCAUGUCUGAGAAGGUGGAGAAGGUCUGUCCUGAAGAGUCAGAAAGACAGAAUGAAAAUGUAAACACAAAUGCUGCAAAUGCAAAUAUGGUGCUCUUAGAGAAACAGCUGCAGCUUGAAAAAAAACAUGUAAAGCAUGCUAAAAAGGUGGCUAAGUUUGAAAAAAGACGCAAUGAUUUGCUGCAGCAAGAAAUCUGUCGCUUAAAACAGGAUCUUCAGCAAUUCUGUCAUCGACUAAAUUUACUGGGUGGUUCUUUCUUUCAUGGUGUCGAAGGGAUAGAUGCUUCAGCAAAGCAGGGAAUUUCAGAGUCGCCAAAACUUCCUUAGGUGCAGCUGUAAUGCAGAACAAGGGGAAGCAAAAGCUCUACUUGCAGCUAUAGAGCUUCUCCAAGAACUGAAGAUGCAUAAGGUCUGUUUUUUGGAGAUUGUCAGGCAUUCAUCAAGGCUCUAUCUUAUAAUAUGUUAGGUGUUAGACGGUACACAGCUCCUAUUUUGUUGGAUUGUAAGUAUGCUCUUAGCAAAUCUUGUACCUCUGUAUAUAAGUAUGUUAACAGAACAAAGAACAUGGUGGCUGACACUUUAGAUAAAUCCAUUAGACAAUCUUGUUUAUGCAUGUCUUGGUUAGUCUCUCCUCAUUGUAUUAUUUAUGGGUAUGUUAAAAGGUUGUGACGUUGCCAAACAAUAUAAUGACUGGGUUUUCUUAAUGAAUCUAUCUUUAUUAUCAAAAAGAA